AUGGAUACAACAACAACAAAAGAUGUUACACGAGAGUUGAUGACCAUGUUCAGUCGGUACGGAAUUCCAUCGUUCUUGAAAGCCGAUAAUGCACCACAGAUUAGUUCCGAUUGUGAGGAGUUUAAUGAGAUUUGUUCGACUAAUAGUAUCAAAUUGCUGAACACAAUACAGUACUGGCCUCAAUCAAACGGAGAGGUUGAACGGCAAAAUCGUUCCAUUUUGAAGCUCCUCCGAAUAUCUCAGGAGCUUGGGAAAGAUUGGAGAAAUGAGCUACGGCUGUAUCUACUAACCUAUUAUUCCUCGAAGCAUCCAACCACAGGCAAAUCACCAGGAGAGUUGAAAGUCGGUCGUCAGAUAAAAAGCAAGCUACCAACGAUUUCGAGUUUUCUUGAAGAUGAAGGAGUACGUGAGAGAGAUGCUGUCAUCAAAGAAAAGGGGAAAGAGUACAGUGACAGAAGAAGACAAGCAAAGGAGAGUAAUAUAAAAGAGGGUGAUGUCGUACUUGCUAAGCGGAUGCGAAAAGCAAAUAAACUAGACACUGAAUUCACUAACGAAGAGUUUGUAGCUUAG